CCUUUUCCGGUUCGGUUGCCUGGUAACUCACAGUAAGCAGUGGGGGAUGAAAACAGCAGUAGCUGAGGCUGGAAAUAAAGCUACCUUUAAAGUACAGUUUUAAUCAGCAUAUUCUGUCCGUGCAUUUUCUUUAACCUGUUUUAUUUUGCGGACGAAUCAUGACGUUAAUUACGAUUAAGGAUGGCGAAUACACGGCUACAAUAUACAAAAUGAUCAAAGAUGGGCGUUACGGAGAGGCUAUCCACGUUCUCAGUAAUGAACUUCAAAAACAGCUCAAAUCUAGGGCAGCACUGUCCCUCCUGGGCUACUGCUACUACCAUAUGCAGGACUACAUCAACGCAGCUGAGUGCUACGAGCAACUGACCCAGCUGCACCCAGAGGUGGAGGAGUACAAACUGUACUAUGCCCAGUCACUGUAUGGGGCUUGUGCAUUCCCUGAGGCCAUGAAGGCCACCUUUCUCCUGGACAACCCCAACAGCCACACCAAGAUGAUAAAACUGCAGGCUGCCAUUAAAUACGGAGAGGAAGACUUGUCUGGGGCCAAGAGUCUGGUGGAGCAGCUGCCGCAGGACGACCCAGACUACGAGGUGGAUCUGGGCUGCUUGCUCUACAAAGAGGGAGAGUAUGAGGAGGCUUGCAAGAAGUUCAUCACCUCCUUGCAGGUGCUGGGCUACCGUCCAGAUCUGUCGUACAACGUGGCCCUCUGCUACUACAGCAUGAAGCAGUACGCCCCGGCCCUGAAGUACAUCGGGGACAUAAUCGAGCGCGGGAUCAGGGAGCACCCCGAGCUCAGUGUUGGCAUGACGACGGAAGGCAUUGAUGUUCGAAGUGUGGGGAACACUCUGGUCCUGCAUGAAACUGCGCUGAUAGAGGCCUUUAACCUGAAGGCGGCCAUCGAGUACCAGCUGAAAAACUUUGACGCAGCACAAGAAGCUUUGACGGACAUGCCUCCCCGGUCCGAGGAGGAGCUGGACCCAGUAACCCUUCACAACCAGGCCCUGAUGAACAUGGACUCCAAGCCCACAGAGGGCUUUGAGAAGCUGGCCUUUCUCCUGCAGCAGAACCCCUUUCCCCCGGUUACCUUCGGCAACCUGCUCCUGCUGUACUGUAAAUACGAGUACUUUGACCUGGCUGCAGAUGUUUUGGCGGAAAAUGCACAUCUGACGUACAAGUUCCUCUCUCCGUAUCUCUACGAGUUUUUGGAUGCCAUGAUAACCUGCCAGACUGCACCAGAGGAGGCCUUUCGCAAGUUUGAUGAGAUCGCGGGGAAACUGACGGAGCAGCUGCGCAAACUGACCAAGCAGGUCCAGGAGGCCAGGCAUAACCGUGACGACGAGGUCGUGAAGAAGGCUGUCCACGAGUACGACGAAGCGCUGGAGAAGUACAUCCCAGUGCUCAUGGCUCAGGCCAAGAUCUACUGGAACCGGGAGAACUACCACAUGGUGGAGAAGAUCUUCCGCAAGUCCGUGGAGUUCUGCAACGAGCACGACGUGUGGAAGCUCAACGUGGCGCACGUGCUCUUCAUGCAGGAGAACAAGUACAAGGAGGCCAUCGGCUUCUACGAGCCCAUCGUCAAGAAGCACUACGACAACCUGGAGCAGUGUAACAUUCAGGAAUGUCCGUGCAGGAGAAAGCCUUCGAUCCUGAACGUCAGUGCAAUCGUCCUCGCCAACCUGUGUGUGUCCUACAUCAUGACGAGCCAGAACGAAGAGGCAGAGGAGCUGAUGAGGAAGAUCGAGAAGGAGGAGGAGCAGAUAUCGUACGACGACCCCGAUAAGAAGGUCUUUCACCUGUGCAUUGUCAACCUGGUAAUCGGAACCCUGUACUGUGCUAAAGGGAACUACGACUUUGGCAUUUCCCGUGUGAUUAAGAGCUUGGAGCCAUACAAUAAGAAGCUGGGGACGGACACGUGGUUCUACGCGAAGCGCUGCUUCCUGUCGCUGCUGGAGAACAUGGCCAAGCACAUGAUCAUGCUGAGGGACACCGUGGUGCAGGAGUGCGUGCAGUUUCUGGAGCACUGUGAGAUUUACGGAAAGAAUGUUCCAGCCAUCAUCGAGCAGCCGCUGGAGGAGGACCGGCUGCAUAUUGGCAGGAACACUGUGACCUACGAGUCCCGCUUGCUCAAAGCACUCCUCUACGAAAUCACCGGCUGGAAUCAAUGAGCCGCGAGCCGCUUUUUAAGAGGCACCCCGUGAAAUUAAAUUCACGGAAAGAGUUUAGUUGAAUGUGACUGGGACUCUGAAAACAGCCUUUUAAGGACCGCUGGUCACUGAUGAGGACCGUUCACAUGAUCUGCAAUGCACAUCCAUCAAGAAAAGUUUCUACUGAAUUCUUAUUUUUCAGAAUGUUCUGAUAAACUGGAAUAUCCAGUUUAGCUACACAUGUUAAAUGACAGUUCUAAAGAAAACAAUUGAUAAUUUUUCAUUGGGAAGUCUUUUGUUGUCUUUAUCCUGAAUUGGCUUUGUGAAACCAAUAGAUCAAUUAUUUUUCACCAGUCAGCUCUCAAAUGUAUUCAGUUAUAUAACAGAGCUGAAUAAUGCAGGAGAUGUAUCAUCUUUCAUUGGUUCUUAUUUAUAUUGCAAUGCUAUUUUGUCAGCUGAAAAAUAGGUUAUUUGUCCAAUUACUCAACCUUACACCUGUAACAUAGUAUGCAUAUAAAGAAGAGAAUCACACCUAUUUAAUUACAAAACACAUUUAGAUGUUGCCUAUGUUAUUGUUGAAAUUUGUUUGGUCAUUUUAAAGCAAGUGGAUAUUUAACCUUUAUGACACAACAGACAUUGCCCUCUCAUGAAUUUCAUGCCUUGAAGAUUUUCAAAUGUAGUAUCCUAUAUUUAUUUUUCUAUUUAAUAAAAAUAUACAUAAAAAACAUGAA